AUGUCAUCAGUUGCGACUACUAACAGAGCGAAUGAAAUGUGGAAUAGUGAAGUGAACUCUCAAAGUGCUAAAUCUUACAACUAUGGUCAUCAGUACCCGAUAUCACCUCAUUUUUACAACUACCAAAACGCGUACAACCAAAACAGUGAAUAUAGUGGACAGAACGUAGCUAAAUACGGACCCAACGAUCAGAACUGUAUAAAAUCCGAACCUGCAAAUUGGCAAAAUUAUUCCAUGAACUACGCAAACGGCAAUAGUCACGCGAAUAUUGAAAUGAUAAAUAAGUGGAGGGAAAUGAGUUACUAUUCACAACAGUAUGAAAACUACGAGUAUCAAGGUAACAGUGCUCCAGUAAAUAAUGCAGGUCUAGACGCAAGACUAGCCGUAAAGCCUGUUAACUCUCCCAGUCAAUGUAGUUUGCCCGACACAAGUUAUGGAUCCCCGCAUAGCGUGUCAAGCGCAAUCAAAUCAGAAGACGACGAUUCUCCGAACCUAAGAGCUUUGCUUACAAAAUCAAAGUCAAACGCAUAUCUUAAUAAGUUCAGUGACACAUAUGCGCAAGAGACGAUACAAAAAAUGAUGUAUCAUUCUACUGAUGUGGAGAAUUGGGAAAAAACUGAAACCAAGAUUGAAAACGAUCACAAUUUGCCGCAAUUUCACGGUGCAUAUAAAAACAAUGUUGAUGAACCUAAAGCCAGGAGCAACGAAGUGGGAAGGCCGAUCGCCGACUGUAAAGGUGUAAAGUCAUCGGCGAAUACCAUAGAGAGCUGUCAGGAGAUGACGAGGGUCGACGCAGGCGGCAACAAUGAGGAUUAUAUUGAGAACAAAAUGGCGACUAUACCCGAAACGCAAGGGUAUUAUCCGUGGAUGAAGAGUAGUGGCAAUGACGAGAAAAAGGAAGGAUCAAAGCGUACAAGACAAACAUACACAAGGUUUCAAACACUAGAAUUAGAAAAGGAAUUCCACUUUAACAAGUAUCUUUCAAGGCGUCGAAGGAUAGAAGUAUCACAUGCCCUAGGCCUUACGGAGCGGCAGAUCAAGAUCUGGUUCCAAAACCGCAGAAUGAAAGCGAAGAAAGAUGGUAAGCUUACAAACUCCCCUGACCCGUAUAGCGUGGAUGAGGUCGGUGCCACAAAGCUUCCAAACUUGGCAGACUACAUGGAUAAUAGAUCAAUGCCUGGGAUUCCAGAGUUUCCUAAUUAUAACGGCACUUUAAAUCAUGCUAACGUACCACAGCAUUGUUUACCUUCAUAUGGCGGUAUGAUUCCAAAAAUGUGA